AAUAGACACAUGCAAAGAAAUAUUCUUUCUUUCGUUUCUCGUGUUGGGUGCUUUUUGAGGAAGUAUUGCACUCUUAUUGCAUUUACUGGAACAAUAGCAGCAGCUCAAUCAGACAUCCAUUCUCGGUCUUUGUUUUCCGCAGCAAACAGCAGCACACACUCUAGAGAUAUGGCCUCCGACGAGUAUUCUGCUGCUUUUGUCACUUGCCCUGACAUUUCGACUGCCAACGAAAUUGCAAGAGGAAUUGUUCAACAGAAGUUGGCAGCCUGUGUAAAUGUUAUACCCGGAAUAUCAUCAGUAUAUGAAUGGCAAGGAAGUAUUGAAGAAAGUUCAGAAAUUUUAUUGAUGAUCAAGACAAGAACGUCGAGAAUCCCUGAUGUUGUUACCUUUGUGAAUAAGAACCAUCCAUUUGAAGUGCCUGAAGUAAUCAGUAUGAAGAUUGAUCAAGGAAGUGCAGGAUACCUCCAGUGGAUUGCAGCAAUAGUCCCUAGAAAUGGAGCAAGUGAUACUGACUCAUGAACGUCCAACAGAAAGUGCUACUCUUGCUUGAUAGGCAUACAAGUGUAGCACACUACAGUAUGUCAACCACAGCCAUUGAUCAUAUAAGUAUUGUCUUGUUUGCAGUGCACUUUUCACUUCAUUGAUUGCACAUAAUCAAUAGAUGUGUUAUGAGUUACUUGUAACGUAUGGUGAUUGGUUAGAAACAGUUGUCUACUGUACCAUCCAUUAGUAGUAAGUGAGGUGAUGCUGGGAAUAUCUUAUGAACAAAACAUACAAACAG